GUGGCGGAUAUAUUGAAGCCGUGCGUUUCUUGUGUUUUUAAAUACAGAGCUCCGUCUCACUACUUUGCAUUACACGUGUUGUAUUUAUAAAUAAAGUUAUGUAUUUUAAAUACAAAAUGGUCUUGUACAUUGUAUAUUUAGUUUUACUUCCAACUGUUUUUUCACAAAUGCCAAGUAAAACAUCAACAUCUGGAAUUAUUAGUAGAUUGGAUAAAAUUGAAGAAAAGUUAUUCAUGAUUCAAAAUGGUGACAUUGAAGGCUUAAAAGCUGCAUUGCUUAAUUUACGAAAGGAUCUGAAAAAAGAAAUAGAUUUUAGUAAAGAGAAUAUAUCUGCGCUUUCUACCAGGCUUACGGGAUCUUCAGAACAGGUUGUAAGACAUGACGAAGAACAAGUUUCUAAAACACAACAGGCGUCGUGUGAUUGUGUAGAUAUUAUGAGUCAAUAUGAAAAUUUAAUGAUGGCAUUUAAGAGAGAAAAAUCCGAAAAUAUGAUACUUCGAAAGGAAUUUCACGAACUGAGAAAACGACAUGCUUUUGAAAUCGGAAAUGUCAGCGAAAAGUUUAUUAACAUGGAUUCUAGAUUAAACAAUGCGGAAAAGACAUUACGUUCAGAAAUUGAAACCAUUAAAAAUGAAAAUAUGGCGCAAUUACGUUCAGAAAUAAACACAAUUAAAGACGAAACAAUUGCAGAAUUUCAAGAAAUGAAAAAACAACCGGAUUUUGAAAUAGGAAAUACCAGCGAAAAAUGUUACAAAGUCGAAACAAGAUUAAAAAGUGUGGAAAAGACAUUACGUUCAGAUAUAGACAACAUAAAAAAAGAAACCAUGGCGAUUAACCAUAGAUAUGCUGCGUGUCAAACAUAUAUAAAUAACACGCGUUCUAACUUCAACGACGUUAUAAUUCAUUUAAAUGAGUCAUUGAUGAACCGUUCAUUGCUUGCAUUACAGGAAAUAUCUCGGAUAACAUCAGAUACUGCCAAUCUUAAAACGUCGAAUGAAAUCUUGAAGAGCAAAACUGAUAUGUUAAUUCGGCAUCUACGUCCCUUCCUUCCUAAAUCCUGUGACAGCGAAGUUAAGAGUGGCGAAUAUACAAUAUAUCCCGAUGCGUUUCCACAGGGCGUGAAAGUUUAUUGUUACUUGGACUCCACGAACAAGGGAUGGAUAGUUAUACAUAGGAGAAAGGACGGGUCUGUAGAUUUCAAUCGCACUUGGGCGGAUUACAAAGCUGGCUUCGGUAACUUGAGUGGUGAAUUCUGGCUGGGUAAUCAGCAUAUCUACCAGCUGACUGAGGACAAACCGAGACAGCUGAGGAUUGAUAUGGAGAUGUUCAAUGGAACAAAGCGAUAUGCGCUGUAUUCUGGGUUUAAAAUAUCGUCAGAGUCUGAGAAGUAUAAGCUCCAUCUGUCCGGAUACACUGGGGACGCAGAAGACUGUUUAUUAACGGCUUGUUUUAAUUCAAUAGAUGGUAGUACUCUUCACAACGGUCGGUUGUUUUCAACUUUCGAUAGAGAUAAUGACCAAACCUAUGGUUGUUGUGCAUGCUACUAUGCAGGAGGUUGGUGGUUUGAUAACUGUUUCAGCGCACAUCUAAACGGUAAAUACUUCAAGAAAAAAGAGUCCGUGACUUAUGGGAAUGGAAUUCAAUGGUACACGAUCACUAGGGGUAACACAUCUUUAAAAUUUGUGCAAAUGAGCAUGCGCUAAGAAUGCACAGUUAGAUGUAAAUAUGACGUGAUAAAGUAUUUCCAUUGGAGCAAAGAAAAUGAUUCGUAUUGAACCGAUUGUUUUAAUGUUUUGAUGUUCAAUAACAUAUUACAUGAUAUUAGUAAACACAUUUCAGGUAUAACUGUCUUAGAAGUCACCUGUGAUAACCAUGCCGCGUAUAAAUUCUUUAUAUUUGUAUUUCAAGUGCAAUUCAACUAUCAUGUAAAUUUGAUGCGCUACGCAAUAAUCUUCAAACAAGUAUUUUUCAAACAAGAAUGUCUCAAGUGUAAGAAAUGAUUUAGAUUUAAAAUUGUACAUGUUAUCAUUUCACACCAUUCGGUGGACGCUCAUGAUAAAAUCAUUCUUCCCUGACGCUUAAGCACGUGGGGUAGGUAUUGUUUCAGGUUUGAGGUUUGGGGGUUUGCUCGUGCAACUCCGAUUGAAAGAGUGCAUACAAAGUUUUGCAAGUCUGUAUUAGGUGUUAAAUGUAACACUCAAAAAGAUUUUAUUUAUGGUGAUCUUGGCCGAAUGGAUUUACAUUCCCAGAGGCUUGUUUGUAUUGUUAAAUAUUGGUUGAAGAUCACUGACUGUAAUGAUAGAAAAUAUGUGUCAUGUAUUUACAAUAAUAUGUUAAAUGAUAUUGAUUUAACCCACGCAAGCAAAACUGGGCUUCACUUGUUAAAGAUACGUUGUGUAGAUUAGGUUUCUAUCAUGUAUGGCUGCAACAGAGUGUUGGAAAUAAUAGCCAGUUUAUUAGUGUAUUUAAACAACGUGUUAAGGACAUAUUUGUACAGGACUGGCAUAGUAGAUUGAAAAAUUCAUCUCGAUCGAUAUUCUAUAACACUCUCUGUAAUUUCGAAUUCCAACCAUAUCUUAAACAUGUAAAUGUUAAAUGCUAUAGAAAUGCGCUUACAAAGUUACGAAUGUCAUCACAUAGAUUAAAUAUUGAAAUAGGUAGAUGGAAUAGAACGCCAAGGGAACAAAGACUAUGUAACAAAUGUAAUAAAUUAAAGGACGAAUUUCAUUUUCUUUUUGAGUGUAAGCUAUAUGAUAGUGUACGAGGAAAAUAUCUUAAGCAGUAUUACCGUCAUAGACCAAAUAUGUUUAAAACUGUCGAGCUAAUUACAAAUGAUAACUGUGAAAUAUUACGAAACCUAGCUGUAUAUGUAAGCAAAGCCUUUGAACUGAGAAAAGCACAUUAUACAAUGCAUUAAUAUUUAUAUUGUUUAGUGUAUAGUAUAAACUAUAUUUCACCAUCAGUUUCCUGAUUUACUUGUCAGUAUGUCAAAAUUGCAAUCGCUGUCGGUGUUACUGGGGUCUCUACAUUGCAAAUAUAUGCAUAAAUAAUUAUCCGACAUCAUAAUGCUAAAGUAUUACGUGUCAUACGUGUAUUACAUGACUACAGAUAAAUUUUUAAAUUAUGUACACAGUGAUAUGUACACAGUGAUUUAUCAAAUAAGAAUCGUUUUUAACCCAUGGUGAUGUAUACAUAUUGUAUAAUAUUAGUGUGGUAGGAUCAUAAAAUUAUGCAACAUGUAAAAGAGAGAUCCAUUAUUGGAUGUAGUGAUGAAACAAUUUCAAUUAUUUCAGUAAAGUAUACUGCAACAAAAUGAUACAAUCGGUGAUUAAGAUUUUCAAUAUUUUAUUUGAAUAUCGAAUCUUAAUUCAUAGCAAUUAAGUUUUGGGUAUUCUGAAUGGAUCAUUUAGAAAGGGAAAAAACUCUGCUGUUUCUUGUGAGAAUGAUUGGAAGAGUUAGCUUUCCUUUUCUGCACUCGGUUUUCUAAUAAUAACAGGGUCAUUGAUGAGUUUAUUCAAGUCUCAGUUUAUUCAAGUCUCAUCACCUUAGAAAUAUUGUACUUAUGUUUUUUUGUAAUAUAAUAUGAAUAUUACAUCAUGUGAUAUAUGUGAUGUUAAAAAAAAAGUGAUGUUAGGUGAUUCCAGUAAGUAAGAUCUUGCAAACAUUUGCGUGUUCAUUACCGGCGCUCUGAGUAGUUGUAUUCAAGAACAUACAUUUUGUUUGAAAUUUGAUAUUCUGAACUUGAUGUUAGAAAUAUUGAAAUAUCAAAUUAAUAUAUGUUGUGUAAAUACGGUAUGUU